AGCCGGUCACGUGGUACAACCGCCGCGGCCGGUGAGGAGGGGUCUCGACGGCCGCGAUGUGGGCACACGCGUUCCGGCCGGCCUGCCAUGAGGGCCUCCGCCGAUGGAGACGACGACGACGGAGCCCCCCGUGCUGCUGAUGUUGCUGCUCUUCGGAUGCCUCGCUUCGCUGCUGCCCGGUGUUGCUGCAAACUGGGACGAUUGGUGGACAUACGAAGGCAUCUCAGGUCCAGACUUCUGGGGUCGGCUAAACCCUGCCUGGAGCCUGUGCAGCACGGGGCGGCGGCAGUCUCCAGUCAACAUAGAACCGCGGCAGCUGCUCUUCGACCCGAACCUCAAGCCGAUUGCAGUUUCAAACCACAGGGUGGACGGGCUGCUGCAGAACACGGGCCAAGGCAUCGUGUUCCGCCUGUCCGAAGACGACGAACUGGGUGGCGUAAACAUCAGCCUCGGACCACUGUCGUACCGGUACCGCGUCUACGAGCUGCGGCUACAUUUCGGCCGCACCGAAGACCGAGGCUCCGAGCACUCCGUCUCCGGAUUCGUCUUCCCGGCAGAGCUCCAGAUCCUGGGCUACAACUGCGACCUGUACGCCAACGUGUCCGAAGCCAGGCAACGAGCGCAGGGCCUCGUCGCAUUGGCGGUUAUCAUUAAGCUACGAGACUCCGCCAACGUAGAACUUCGGCUCCUCACCAGCCAACUGCUGCACCUGGCCUUCAAAGGGUCCCAGGUGGCCGUGAAGUCGGUGUCUAUCCGCGACCUGCUUCCUGACACGGACAGUUACAUGACUUACGAGGGUUCGAGCACGACGCCCGGCUGCGAGGAGACGGUCACAUGGAUCCUGAUGAACCGGCCGCUCUACAUGACGCGCCAACAGCUGUUCGCCACGCGGAAGCUGAUGCAGGGCGACGCGUUCCACCCGAAGGCGCCGCUCGGAAACAACUUCAGGCCCACGCAGCCACUCCACGGCCGCGUCGUGCGCACCAACAUUGAUAUAAGGAGCGAUGACUGCCCUGGAAUGCAGGUCAAUAAGUUUUACCAAGCGAACCUGGAUCUCCUCAGCCGAUAGCAGCCGUGGGCGGACAGUGAUCGACAGAUGGAGCACCACGUCGGAGUCUAUAGAAGGAAACGCCGGCGUCGAGAUUCCUUCAGAGAUUACGCUCUCUGCGCAACGCUGACAGACCCGCCGCCGUGACCUGUACCCGAGGGUGCUCCAGGAAAGCAACACCAAGCUGACGAUACAGCGUGCCCUCGUGUAAACCAAGUUUGUUUGACCGAAACUGCCCCAAACACGGAACUAUACAAGUGCUGCUUCGAAUGAUUUCUCGUGCUUUGUCGUCAAGGUAAUUAGUAUGCUUCGGAUAAUUAGAAUGUGUUUCGUUUGCUUCCGUUGAAAGCAACCAAAGCGGAAGCUCUCCUUGACUCACAUGAACGUGAGAUAUUGUUACGCUAGUUGCGUCGCUAUGAUUGGAGGCGAGAUAACACCCGUUUAUAGCGAAGACUAUCCCAUCAGCAGGUUCUGAUCUUUAACCGCGCAUCCAUAGGUGGGGGUCCUUCGCACGGAGCCUUCAGUAUAUGUGUUGCUGAGCUCGCUUAUUUGGCAUCGCAAUGACAGAGACCGUCUCAACGUUGUCGCCUUAUCUCCCGGACAGCGUGUACAUGGGACAACUGAUGGAUCGAUGAGAUAUGACAAUUCAAUACCGUGAGUGCGCACGGUUGAGGCAAGACACAGACAGUCAGAGAUCUCUGGCAGAGAUGUUCGUCCUGUAUCCGAUUUAAUUACGCUGGAUUUAAUGAUGAUGAAGACCAAGAUGAUUAUCAAUGGUCUUGAUCAUAGUGUCGUUUUGCUGCGUCAAGAAUCAUGCCACAAAUACGCAUCAGCGGCUAAACUUCGCUUGGUGGAGGCAGUGCAUUUUCUGCAAACCCACCCUGCUAUGCCGAUCGCUCAAGUGCACGCCCAAGUUGUACGUGGUGUCCUUGAACGACUCGACGAUAGCGUCGAAAAAGUGACAAUGUCGAUCUCUUUCGUGUAGUAUGUAGUACAAAAGUGGCGAACGUUUCGACUUCUUCAACUCUCGAGUCAACAACAUCAUUGACUGUCAAACACAAAGGCGACGCUUUCUUAAUCAGUUGUCACCCAGUUUGAAAGCUUCUAUAUUUUUCUGAUGAAUAUGCCGGCAGAACCGCGCAAAGAGCAGACGCCGUUAACGCUACCAGUGUUAAUAUUAUUAUUAUUAUUAAUUGAUUCAUAUGAGGAGAAAAGAGAGAUAGACAAAAGAAAGGAGAAGAUCAGUGCGGUUAACCGGAAUAGAAAAUCCGGUUUGCUACUCUGCAAUGAGGGACAGGAGAGCGGGCGACGAAAACGCUGCUAUAAUCCUUAAGUGCGACAAACCUGCAUAAACGGCUUUAGCCUUAAGUACUGUUCAUUGCGUGCCUCGUGAUCCUGUGCUGUGAUCACGUGCGGUGCUCGUGACCGACUGUGAUCAUGUGCCUGUGCUCUGUCUCUCUCUCUCUCUCUCUCUCUCUCGUCGUCUUCUUAUAUUACCAAAAAGGUUCGUCUUUCUGUCACAGCCGAAGCGAGCUGCGUUAGCGGCGGUCAGUUCAUUCGUAUGAAAUUCAUGCACAGCAUUUCGUGUGUUCGGUUUUGAGCACUUUGUGUAAAUUGAAGUAACAAAUGUCAAAAUAUCCAUUUUCUCUUGUUCCUGAUGUCGAAGUUUCGUCAACGGCCAUUAGAUGCUUCUUUACAUUUUCUCAUACAGGUCGCUAGCUCUCCGUAACUAUAGGGUAGGGCACCCCUGUUCUGUCAGUUCAACGCAGCAGCUGUACAAACUGCGCUGCGUGGCAGCGGGUGACUCGGACAGCAGGGACACAUGAGAACAGCGGUCACAUGCAAGGCCGAUCAAACACUCGAGGAGCAAGCUGCGUCAGCGCUCAGUGGUUAUACUAAGUUUUAAAACGCGAAAUAGACAGAACAUUCACUCAGAGUUUCGUCAUCUAGAGACUGGCUUCAAGAAAACAAAAACAGGGCCCACUUCUCACGCUUUAUCCUUCAGGACCACAUUGAUUUUGAAAGGAGCGCUUGCCGAUUUUGAUUUGCGCACAGUAUGUAUGAAAAGUGUGACGGCCAUCACCCCGGACGAACGCUACAGGUUCUAGGUCUCUCAGCGGUUCUGUAGCGCUUCCGGAGCCCUAAGCCCGCGCUCCCCGUCGAAGCACCACAGAGAGGCCUACAAAGAUGUUAUGUAUGCGGCCUGGCGCCCAAUGUGAGUUUGAGACUCCUACUCCAAGCUGUCUACUGUGACUGCGAGGGUGAAUGUUGUUGAUUUUGCCUUCUUGUGAACCCACUCGACGCCCAGUAUCACUCAUCUUCCGGCACUCCGUAGGCAUGCUACAGACAAGAAGCGGGUAAAGCAUUUAUCUUCGUGCUAUGAGGUGAAGCGACCCAGCUUCUCCCGGAGUGAGAUCGGAGUAUUGGAGUUCGAGUAGUAUUUGGUGAGAGCGGAUUUGAUACGGGGGGUUCGCAUAUUUCGAAAAUACCAAAAUAAGGCUCGAACAUUUGUAUAGUAAUCGUGCCGAACGGCCAGCCUGGCCGAGCAGACGGUAUUUAUUUACUUGUUUGUAUUGUCCCAAAGCCACACUGGACUUAAGUGAGGCCAUUUCGCAGGGCACCAGAUAGACUUUUACCGCUAGGUAUUCCUUGACGUGUAACUAAAUCUAAGCAUACGAGUGUUUUUUUUUCUCCCACCCCUAUUGGAAUGCCACCACCGAGGGCAGCCAUGAUGAGUCUACGGCUGAACAGGAUGUCUAGAGUCUCAGAUUUGUACAUGAGGCGCCGUGCAAUGAUCACUAAGAGGCAGGCGGGUGACGCAAGUGUUUAAACCACUCUGAAAAUGACGGGAAGUACGCAGACACCACUCGAUUUGAUCAUAGACUUGCUCGCAGAAGCGUUUUAUGGCUCCUUCAAUUUUUGUUUGAGGAUGACUAUAGUGGUUCGUUUGCUUCGCAACCUACCGCCUCUACAACAGCUAAAUAUUUAAUGCUCAGAACUAAGUGAGUCGUGUAGAACUAAUCGCAACGAAUUCAAGACGAAUUUUUAUGUAAGCCCUUGACGCUGCUUCUUGGCAAAAUUCAGCCGCAAACGCUCGAGAGGGUAAAUUCGUUAAGUCAGAUCUACAAGAAAGUGAAGAUCUCCAAGAAAAGUUGAAUGGGAGUAACCGUGCCUGAAUCUAGUAAUCGCCAUCUAACUAAUCUGCGAUGAUAAGUUAGCUUCAAUAUGGCUGGUGUAAGGAGCCGCGCGCAAUUCCCAAGUCAAGUCAUUGUAAGGUUAGGAAAAGCUCAAGUGUUAUACACUACUCUCGAGCGGAUUCGACCGCUGUAUUGGCGGCUGUCGCAGAUACCUGCGGCAAAUUUCCUAUGAGUAUUUAUUCUAUGAAACUUAACCGUUUCGAUUAGGUGUAAUGGCCACGCACUCUCCUUACUGCGGUUCACGAUUUACCGAAAGAAAUCGCUUAACCAAUGCUAGCCCUUUCGCAUUAGCUCGACCUCAGCUGUGACGAGUGUGAAUCUACCUGACCCUCGAAUGGGAACUACCUUGCGCGUAGAUGUAUAGUGCCAAGUUCCAUUCACAAGUUGACUCAAGUGAACAAUGGUACGUGCGACACACACUUUUUUUUAACUUCUCUAUCCUCUUAUGUUCUGCAAAACCUGAAACGUAACACUUAGACAUAAUUCUUCAUUUCUUUUUUCGAGAGAUCACUGUCCCCUCAAGGCAUAUCAGUGUUCCAAAUGAGUUUCUUCUGAAGGAACGCCAUCUCACUGACGGUGUCUUCAUCCAAGAAGGAAACCAAUGAUUGCCGAUCAGCAAUGCCAUGCUAAUAGGAAUAAUGUCACCUCGUGCGUAUGCUAACGUGGGAAGCGAAACAUACGCAAGACAUUUCAAACGCGAGCACGAAAAUUAUACAAUCUUGUCGAUGGAUCUCACAUGUAAGCGCAUUUCGUUUUCCCUUUCAAAGUACACAGCGCAUCGCAUGGGGAAGCUCAGAUCAAGCACACUGAUAAAUACCCUCUCCAUUGUGCUUAUUCUGAUUUAAGAUGGUCUCACCUGUGUUAACCGCUAUGAGCUAUAUUGAAACCGUUGAUGCAUUUACUAUUGUUUCUCUCCUCAACUCUAUUGUGAGGGCAAAUAAAAUAGUGUGUGCAUCGUGGAAAGAAGCAGCUUCAUACAUUCUCUGUGAAGCUGACUGUGCGUUCUCCCUAUAUUUUUCGACACCAACUGAGCCUCUCUGAAAUAAUGACCUGCAUAUUUCUUUUGUUGAUUGUUGUGUGGUAAGCUUCCUGCUGUCAUUGUGUGUCCAUGUGGCACGCAAAUAAAAAAAAUAAAGAAGACAGAAGCAGCCAACUGGUCACGCAGAAGUUGUUGCAGUUUUCACGUGCUUGCACUGUUACUCGCGUGAUUGUUCUUACUGGCUCUUGAAUUGUAAUAUCUUAAAGGACUGCACAAUUUAAAUCGCCUGUAUCAAAUAUCGAACACCGCAAGACACGUGUACAAACGCGAGGUGUAAAAACAUGCGUUUAUGAUUUGUCAUGUCGUUGGCUGCAUUGCGAUCAACCGUGUAUUGGUGGAAAUUAUAGGAAAAAUUAAAACUACACGUAACGGC